CCAUCUCGAAUGUCUGCCUUCCUAUAGCCACUGUAAAUCCCAUGCUUUGAAACGACCAUCGAACGGAUGAUGGAAACAAAAAUUUACGCUGGAACAAUCGCUCUCUCGAUCUAAUCGCUCCACGCUGACGCUGGCAAUCGGAAACUGCCGCGGUAAUGGCAAGCAUCGCCACUGCGACUCCUCCUCCUUCCCAGCCUCAUCGCCGUCGUGUUUUACGCCUCUGGCAGAGAAUUUUGCCACUGUCAUACAUAAACGGCGUCCUAGUUUAACACAUGCGUUUUAGUCGCGCGUGUUAGACGGGGGGAGCGCGUCGGACUAUAGAUGAGGCAGAGUGAAACUGCUCCUUAUAAUGAGAUGUGUAAAGCACUGGAGAUGUCGUGAACUCAAAGAUUUUUCAGGUAUUUGGAGUUCGACCAAAUAGAAGACAGCUACUGUCGCCGGUAACUGCGCUUUUUUACGGCGGGUCGUCACGUGAAGUUUGAUAAGUUUGGACGGAGUCAGUUGGCAGUUGUUUCCGCUGUGAACCCCAAAUGUUGCCAAAGUUUCUGUAAUCUAUCGUCGCUUCAGCAGUAAAGAAAUAGGGAAAAGAACAGACGAUAAUCUCGAAUGGUCAUCAGACGUUCAAAUUCGAUCAAUGAUUGUCAUUCGUAUCUUUUUCUGUACUAGUACAAGCUACUGCGUAUCAUCUGUGUCGUUGUACUCAGCGGUGAUUGCUAGCAGCGACCCUACGCUGGGCCAGGAUCUUUCAACAUGUUACAAAUAUUUCUGUAAUUAUAUCAGGUCAGGAAUGGCCUGUUAUUCGUUAAUGCAAGCAGACGCACGCUCCAAAGAAUACAUCAGAAUCGACGUGUCCUAUGCAAAACGGUAUCUAUAGGGUACACGCGCAACGAGCAGCGACGUGAAGCGGCUACACGUCCAAUCUGCGGCAUUAAGCGUUAUCAAACGUUUAGCCAUGGUGACAUGACGAAAAGACAGCUUUUGCUAUGUCGGCUACUGUCUCUGAUUGGCUGUUUCCCGGAUUUGUGAUGUGGUCACUGUUGCAUGUUGUCAGUGGCCCCCGUAGAUAUCGUGCGAUUAGAGACUGAGAUCAAAGUGGUGCCGUCGUACGUGCACGUUCUAUCCCGCUGUAAUAUUACACUAAUCCGAUCUGACAGGUUCCCGUCUAUGCUUACGUUUGAUCAGCUGACGCAGGAUCAUCUCAAUUGUGCAUGCAAUGCCAUAAUCGCUACCGCUCGAAGUGGUUGUCCAAUUGUAACAUUAACAAAGACAUCAACGCAAGCAAUAACACCAACAACAACGACGAGCUCAACGCAGUAUUCGACUGAACCACGCAGUGCGAGCACUUCAGGGGAGGGGGCGGGUGGAGGGCGGGGAGCUCUAACAGAGCGAACCCCAUCGUUCCUGAGCCUAUCACUGUAUUGGCAGCCUACCACUUAGGGACGUAGCAAUAGAUACGUUCAGUUGUCGCUACGCGUUCAUUUAAAGCUUGCCGUCGUCUUUUUUCUAGCAAUCAACGUGACGAAGUCGCAUUUCUUAUCGUGGUAAUACGCUUGAUAGUUCACCCUUGUCGGAGUAUCGCAAUAGUAGUCGAACGUGCUCAGUACAGCUGGCGUGCCCGUCUCUGCACUGACAGACGAAACAAUAAGCGGUUGCGGUGAUGUGAUGUGAUCGCGUUGAUGGUGCGUGAAACCGUCCAGGUAUCUAUGGCGAACGGAAAAGUUUCCGUCCAAAAGUGACGCAAAGGUGCCGAUGUGUUUAUUUAUUGCUACGAAGAAUAAGCCAUAUCUUAUUUGUUGUUCGGGUACGUUCUAUGUACGAAGUCCAAAUGAUCAUCUACCAGGAACGAGCCUCCCUGUGAACUCCGCGUGGACUCCGCCACUGAAAGUGUGGCUUUUUAUGCAUGUAUAUGAACUGCCGCGGGCGACAGGGUUCUGGAUAGUCUAAGCUCGGCGACGCUAUCAUCGAGGCGAUCAUUCGACAUCAAAAACCAUGGGGUCGUGGCAUUUACGCCUGCUAUUGCAGGGGCUUCUAAGCCUAUUCCAGGAAAUGUGGCUUAAUGCUCAACCCGUGCUUGUUUUGAAGUUAGCCAGAAUAUACGGCUUGGAUCGUAUUUACGCAUGUAUUCCCGCUGCCAGUAUGGCAGGUCUAGCUGCCGUUACGGAGGGGCUAAGCAGUAUCUUUUUGAGAAACACGUUCGAGCCUCCGCUAAUAGUUACGCUCGCAGGAGUCCUUAUCACCUGCGGAGGAUGUAGUCUCGUGUUUUUCGUUGAAGACCUACUUCUAGGCCUUACCGCUGCCUCCACCAUGUACGGGGUUGGAGUAGGUCUUACGCGGGCGCUCACCACAAACUUUGAACGCGGUGCGGUUGCCGAAGAGCUCCACUUUAAUCGUGAGGUCGGCAGCAUUCUCGGAGGCUUCGUGGGUGCUCCACUUUUGUUCGUGCUCGACGAUCUGCUUCUAACUAAGGGUGCCCUGCUCGUCAUUGGCGGUCUUAGUCUACAUUCUAUUGUCGUCGUCAUCGUCCAGCACAGAGCCCAAUGUCCAGUAUUCAACGAGCCUCAAUUGACCUCUUCACCUGAAACAAUUACCGCUGGCGUAACGGAAGAUGCAAAGUCACAUUACUCGGAGCUGAAAAACGACAAAGCGGCCAAACCCCUUAUUGACAAAGCAAUUGAACUCGAGCGCAUUGAGAAGCGUCUACCGUUAGCUCUUGCCAUCGACGGUAAAAUUCCCUUCACUGUUCAACGAAAACACCAAUCUCAGGACCUCGGUUACAGACACCGGGUGAACUCGUUCGCGGAACGUGAACUUCACUCCGUAAGUCACCACGUCCUUGAACGGCCGGCGAGACGGCGCUUGAACACUGAGCCAGCCAAUGCUGCAGACCAAAACUUCAACAUCAUCCAGAAGAUCAUCCGCGCACCAGAGCGAUCCGUUAGUGCCGACGUUUUACAUAACCCAUAUUCGAGCCCACGAAUUUUGCAGACGGCUACCAUGAGACGGUCCGUCUCCCAACUGUCGCUGACGGUACUCACGCCGAUCGCUCAACUUGUGCCUUUACACGUUGCGAUUUGUCAGGUUCUUCGAACAGGAGCAUUCGCCCUCUUAUUGCUUUCGUUUAUUUCGAACGUUCACCUUUUAGUGAUCUCAACGACACUCCUGGACGCCUACAUGGAUAAGGCCACACCUAAGGGCACCCAUUUUAUCCGUGACGGUAUUGAUCCGAUAUGCGUCUUCCUCGUCUUUACCUUGGCAAAACUUGUCGGUAUUCUAGUCACAGAUAAAUUGCUGCGAAAUUACGAUGCUUCUGAGAAGACCAUUGUGCUGUUAGCUAACUUUGUCGGCGGAUUCAAUCUUCUGACGACCCAGUUUGUUAAUCGACUUGUUGUCGUCGCUGCCUGGGCUGCCCUCUUUGGACUUGUGCAAUCCGCGCUUCAUUAUUUGCAGCCAAACCUCAUUCGGACAUACAUGGAAACAAGAAUCGAGCAUUACGCCCGAGCUAUGGCUCAGAUUAUCUGUGGCUUCUAUAUCGCCUUCGCUCUACCAAUCUUCGUUCAUCUUUAUCGUGACCUAGAGUAUCCGGGAUGGGAACCAUCGUAUGACCUCCUAUAUCAAAUUUUUGGUUUGGUACAGUUGGGUGUCUCCUACAACUGGCUAUUUCUUGAGCCGUUCUUAAACAAACCGUCGCUUUCCAAUGAGGAGAUCGGUGAAGAUGUUCCGGCAACGGACAAUGAUUCUUCACUGAAAGCCGACAAUGUAUAAAAUUAUCUAGAAAUUACGGCGAGAAGUGAUAGUCUGGUGUUUUUUGAAAUGCAUUUCUCGACGUACUAUAGCAGCGCAUGAAUGACUAGGUAGCUAAUGGCACGUAAACGAUGUGUCUGAAUAUACAGAAAUAUGUUAAACUAUUUAGAGGCCGUUUAAGAGGCUUCAAUCAAUACCGUGUGAUGAAUAUUAUCUGAACGCUACAUAUAUAGAGCUCAAUUUAAACUAAGAGCUGCACAAACUAUGUAAAGUAAUAUUUCGAAACUGUAAAUAAAUAACAAUGGCAAAACGUUUUUUUGCAUAGCUUAUCAGGUUUUCUUGUUGAAAAACAACGCAACGACUACUUGUUUUGGAUUACAACGAUAAACAAUCGACAGCUCCAUUUUCUGAAAAUCCUCAGGGACGAUUGCGUCUUGAAAAUCAAGUGACGUCCGCCAUAUCGUUUGUAUUCUCUCGCAAGAACAAUCUAUCAACACUUGAGCUUCAAUGCCCGAAGUUCCAGCUUAAAGGAACACAGCUAAGGAAAAGAUACAUGCUAUGGCAGAUAUUUCUUCGGUUUUGACUUUUAAAGCAUAACGUAUCAUUUGUGUUAUUUUCAUUGGCAGCUGCACCAGAGUUUGCUGUUAUUCUACACAUAAAUAUUAUUCAGAAAUACGUUGAUAUAAGCCAAAAACUAACCUGCAUUAAUAGUACCCAAUCAACUAACGUAAAUGUCCCAUCUUAUGAUAGCGUUCGUUGACAUGCGCAAUUUACCAUAGCUAACCUAUAUUCCGUCAAUGAGAUAACAGUAAUCAGCAGACCACUGUUUAUCUACUGCAUACGAGCACUGAAACAUUCCGCAUACGUACAUACAAAAUUUUUGGCGUUGGUUGUAGCAUCAGAUCGAGUGAAGCUUCGAAUCUACAUUUAAGUAUGUCUAAUAAAGUUCUCAUUCACUGCCAAUGUGCCCGUGGGUUCUUCACAGUCAUAUAAAAACCCUAUUCUGUUAACGCCACUUUCUCGAAACGGGUAGAAACAAUAGACAAGUGCAGGACAACGAUAUAAUUUGGUCACGACGUCCUCUGUUAUUAUUUAACGUUUUAAUUAAAAAAACAGUAAACCCAAUAGGGCUAGACGGCAAGGCAAACUCACGGCCUCUCCUUCCACAGAUGUAAAUAUUCCGUUUUGCCCUUAGAGACGCGUAUGUAUAUCUAGAUGGAUGAUAAUUAAGCUGUGCCCUGGGCGAUCUGCACAGUUACAUCAUCGGUACGAUACCAUCCCGAGGUACAGUAUGUAGGCCUUCUGGAUAGCUUGAAGAAGAAGUCUGAAAAAAAUGUUUGAUAGUUUGAAAAGAGUACGGUACAAGAGAAUUUGCCCCACUGUCAGAAGAUUUUGUCAAACGGUUCAGGUACUUUAUCCUCACUCGGCAUAUAAUAACAGCAGCAAGAUUAUAUCAAUCAGCGAUUUGCGAUGCGCGAACGUGAUCGAACAAUAACUGGGCAAUUUGCAAUUCCAGCGGUUCAUAAUGCUAUAGCGCACAACGCAAUAAUAAUAAUAAUGGGACGAACGACUGUGUGGCAGCAAGACAUGCGUGAGAAUGACGCAGAGUGUUUCCCAUGUGGUAGCUUUCGACUUAGAACAACACAUGGUAGCAACAUAAUAAUAACGGCCGCCCUCUGUCCUAUCGGCGAUAAGGAUUCGCUGGGGCAAGAGCAAUAUCACGAACUCCCAAGUAGAGAAUCAAAAACAGUCUUUUGGGCAGUGCAAAUUGUCUCAAAACCAACUGAUCCCUCUGGUUGACGCUGUAUCAUCCGGACUCUCAAGUUCAAACUGGGAGUGAAUCAAACACCUAGGCUCCUUCUGCUCGUUGCACAGACUCCCGAAAGGCUAUCGAUGAUUAAUUCCGGACCACGCGCCCACGUCCCGUGAGGCCGAGUCGGGACCACAGGGAGUUAUCAUUAAUAUAAUUGCCAUUUUUACGAAUAUGAGCUUACCCUUCCGCUAUAAAAUAUAAAAUUAGCAGAUAGUGGCUCACAAAUUCGAGACGUCUCUGUAUCGAACCGUUCGGAGCACUCUAGCUAUGAAGUUACUGAGUGAUCUAGGAGCAAAAAAAGUUAGCAGGGGAUUAGACAGUAAUCAGGUGACUGUGUGGCCACCACCCUAAAGUCACGUAAGGACGGCUUCUUGCCACCGGACGUCCAAGUUGGUGUCGUAAUUACCCUUUGGGGUUGAAAAACUAGACCAGGCUAACCCAAAAACACAAUCUGAUAAUAAUUUGAUGUGAUCGUAUUCUGCUUGGUUUUGGUGCCCCGUAUUUCGACAAAAACUUUUACACAUUUUGGCUAUGUUCUCACAAGUCCCUCAGAUAGAUAAUUAUAUGCAAUUAUGACUUAUGAAUUAUGAAACGGUGAAAUAGCGCCAGGGACCAGGAAAAUAUUAACUACGAUUUUAAUUAAACGCGUAAGAGCGACGGAAAGGCACAGACCGCGCAGUCGUAUCUUUAGUGAGUAGUAUGGAGACAUGACGCACAGGAAACAAGCUUGCAGUUGGAUCGAAUAGAUCAAGGUUAGCAAAAACAGCUUUCAACAAAAAAGAACACACACAAAGAAAUGCACCAUAUCUUUUCGCUUCUGUAUAAAGUAACAAUGCUGUUCUAAAUAAAGAUGAUUUUUAUUGAUCAUUAUGCAAAAACUGGAACAUUUUUGUUUUCGUAUGUUCGUGGUUAUGGUCCAAAUCGCCGUAUAUAUGCAGUAUGUACACACACUGUUUUUUUCAUAAGUCGGGUAGUGUUUCUCGAUUUUGCAAACUGUGUUUCAAUAGAGAAAACAUUACGAAAAGAAACGCUUCUUUUCGGCC